UUUUUCAAUUUUAUUUUUAUAUUUGAUUAAAAUUCUUUAGGUUUAGUUUAGAUAAUCAAAUUAAGUUGAAUGCAAAAGCACUCAACAACUCAUUCCUUAAUGAAAAUAACAGAGAAAAUAAACACUUUGCGGAUAUGAACAUAUAAAAAGCAUUUGAUACAAUUACCCAAACGAUACUUCUAGAAAAAAACUGCAACACUACGGUAUUAGAGGUUCUUAACAUGCUAAAUUAGUUGUUAUGUCUUUGUUGCAAACAAGUGAUGGGACUUCAACAUUGCAAUCAAGUAAAGACCAAUCAACAAAUUUUAAUUUUGAAACUUCAAGUUCACUUUUGACUGACAUCACAUCAACUCUAUCUUCUACUUUUACCGAAACAGAUCAUGAAAAGUCUCAACAUGUUACUAAAGAACUUUUGGUUAAAAAACAACUUCUUCACGAUAUACAAAAGUUAAAAAUUGAAUUAAGUCAGAAGAGUUUGCUUGUGGAUACAUUGAAAGCAGAACAUCUAAAUCGGAUAGAUGAUCUUGAAGAUCAACUAUCUGAUGCAGUGCAUACCAAGCAGCUUUUGCAUGCAAAGUAUGAAACUCAAAUUCAAAUCUUACGAGAUAAUUCUGAAAAAGCAAUAAAAAAGUUAAAAAAUGAUUUAAAAGCAAGCUUAGAAUUGCAGAAAAUUUAUCAUGAAAAAUGUAUUUCAUUAUCAGAUAAAGCUGCUGUUACAAAAGCUACAUUCAAUGAAGGAAUAAACAUAUCAGAAGAACAGUAUAAUACAUUAAAGAUGAAAUCUGAAGAUGAUCUUUCAUUACAAGAGUUGUUUUCUUUACAUAUCUAUGAAAAAGUAAAUCUUCUUCAAAUUCAAAUAGAAAGUUUAUCUCAACGAAAUGAAAUGCUUGCUGCAGAUUUAAGAGAUAAAGAAGAAGAAUUGUCUUUAGAAAAACAAGAACAUGAGAGUGAACGACAUGCAAGAGUUGAAAGUGAAUUGCGAUAUCAGAAAUUACAAGUACAAUUAGAAGAUUUGAGAACUCAAUUGUCUCACAAAUAUUAUAGAAACGAUAACUUUGACAAUGUUAUAAGUGAACGUGAUGCAUUAGAAAGAAAAAUAACAGAACUUGAAAAGCAAAAUACAGUUUACAAAAAUGAGUUAGACGAAAAGUCAACUCAGAUGGAAUUACUGAAGCAACAGAUAGCAGAAUUUAUGCAAACUAUUGCAUUGUUGAAACAAGAUAAAGAUUACUUGAGUAAACAAUUGAAUGAAUUAUCUCCAAGGUAUAAAUUUUUAGAGGAACGACACCAUAUCAUUGAAACUCAAUUAGACAAUGUUAAAGCAUCUAGAGAAGAGCUUUAUGAGAAGUUUCUUUCUUCAAGAGAUCAUUAUAAACAUGAAUAUGAAGAAAAACUGAAAAAAGAAUUAGAUGAAGUUUCCAACAAAACAAAUAUUGAGCUUCAAAGGUUAAAGGAAAUGUCUAAAGAAGUUUAUGAACGAGAAAAUAGAAGUUUGCGUGAAUCUAAAGAAAUGGCUGUUCUAGAAAGUGAAAGACUUAUGCAGUCAGAGAAACAAAUUCAACAAAAGUAUAGUGAACUACUGUCUGAGUUUCGAUUGCUCCAAAUCAGUACUAGUAGCAAAGUAAGUGAGAAAGAAAAUGAAUCUCAAAUGAAAUCUUUUGAGUUAGAUCGGAUACAAUUGCUCCAUGAAGAAGCCAUGAAAAAUUGUAAACAGAUGUCUCUCCAAAAUGAAACACUAUCUAAAAAAGUAGAGACUUUGAGUAAGGAAUAUUAUGCCCUGAAAGCAUAUUCAGACAAACAAAUCUCUGAAUUGGAAGCUAAAAACCAAGAAUUCAAAUCUAAGCUUACAAUAUAUGAAAAAUUAGAACAAGAAUUGGAUGAUGUUGUUAUGCAAGCUGCUGAAUUGACAAAUGAAGUUGAAGGGGAAAAAGUAUUGUUUGCAUAUGGGUAUGGAGCCAAUAUUCCAAGCACAGCUAAGCGAAGAAUGCAACAAAGCGUGCAAUUAGCUAGACGAGUUCUGCAACUUGAAAGAGCAAAUACUUCUCUACGCAGCGAAGUUGAAAGAGAAUCCACAAAGUGUAAGCAAAUGACUGAAGAGCUGAAACAAUCUAAUUCUCUUCUGAAUGAAGCACAACAACCGUACAACUAUCUUAUAGAAAGUAUUCGGACUCGAGAUGCUCAAAAUCAACUUUUAAAAGAAACUAUUUCGAAUUUAGAAAAUGAUAUCAGAAAAUUAAAGUUAGACAAUGAAAAAUACAUUACCUGCAACAAUCAAAUGUCAGCUGAUCUUGAGAGACUUUUAAAUCAAAGAGAAGAAAUGACGAUGAUGAAAGAAAUUAUCAUUAAACUCAAAUCAAACACCAAUGAGACGAUGAAUACUGUUUCAUCUCUUUAUGAAUCCCAAAAGAAUAAUGAUCUCUACAAAUCGCAAAAAAACGAUGAUCUUAACAUUAGAUUAGUUAAACCAAUUUUAUUUACAAAUGCUCAACUUCCUUCGUGGUAUCAGAAAUUGAGAAGACAAAACGAUUCUUUGAAGAGCCUUAAAUAAGUUAAAGCAUUAUUAUAUGAAAAAUUAUAAUUAAAUAAAACCUAUAUUGUUCUUUUUUUUAUACAUUGGUAAAUUGUAUUAUAUCAUUGUCAAAUUAAUAUAGCUAAUUAAAA